GGAAUAGAGUAGUAGACAGGUGCUUAGGGUUCUGCAUGAGUUGCUCAUAGACCAUCUAAGAGUCUGAUUAAAAUAUAUUCAGCCUUCCACGUGCUUCUGCCAUCUCUCUCCUCCUCCAUCUCUUUCAUUGCCUUCUUUCCCUGCUUGCUGCAUUUCCCAAUCUCAUUACUCCUGCUACUUCACUCCAUUCUCUCUCUCUUUCUCUCUCUCUCCAUUUUCAUGCUACAAAACCUCUACCAGCAACAAUCUCAAGAACUAAUCAAACACACUCUUGCUAAAACAUUAUGACUAUAGAAGUUAUUGAAGAAGAUUGUGGAGAUGGGAGCAUGAUAUGCACAAACCAUCCAUAUAAAAACAACACUCCUGGUGGGAUCUGUGCCUUUUGUCUACAAGAGAAACUUGGCAAACUUGUCUCUUCCUCUUUCCCCGUUACUAUCUUCCCUUCUGCUUCCUCUUCUCCUUCUCCAUCUUUUAGAUCUCACCAUAACUUCACCACCACUGCAUCCACAACUAUCCCUUCUUCAGCUUUAUCAAACACCCAAGAUGAGUGUCACCACAACUUCAACAUCUCCAAGAUUCCAUUUUUCCUCACUCACAAGAAGAAAAAGAAAGACUUGUCUUCAAACAUGGAGAAUCACAACAACAGCAAUGCCAUGAUUUUCAAGAGAAGCAAAUCAACAGUGACUCCAAGAAAAGGGGUGCAUUUCAAUGAAUUUGAAGAUUUCAGCGCCCGUAAAAAAAGCUUCUUCUCAUUCAGGCAUUUUAACAGAAACAUGGCGAGCAAGAAAGUUCCGGAGAUUAAGCAUAUUAGUUACCCAUCAUCUUCUUACUCUACAAACAUGGGGUUCUCGUCAACAUCUAGAGAGAUAAGUUUCAAGAAAGAAAAUGUGGUUGUAGUGGAAGAAAACGAGAGCCCAGAUCAAGUCUCAUUUGACCGGAAAGUUUCGAGAUCAAGAUCUGUUGGCUGUGGUAGUAGAAGCUUUUCCGGCGACUUUUUCGAGAGAAUAUCAACUGGGUUUGGCGACUGCAGUACCCUCCGGCGAGUAGAAUCCCAUAGAGAAGGUAAAUCAAGAAAUCGCCGGAGCUCCGGCGCCGGCAGUAAAGACAGUAUAAAAGAAAGAGUGAAAUGUGGUGGUUUAUUUAGUGGGUUUAUGCUGACUUCCUCUUCAAGUUCAUCUUCCUCGUCUUCUUACUGGGUUUCAUCAUCAAACGAAGAUAAUAAUCAUCCUGCUAACGUGAAAACUCCGGCGGCCGGAGCUUCCGUGGCGAAGGUGGCACAUGGGCGGAGCAAGAGUUGGGGCUGGGCUCUGGCAAGUCCAAUGAGGGCUUUCACUAAGCCUAGUGGCAGAAGAGAUGGAGCUAAAAAUGUGGGCCCAAACAUAGGUGCAAGCCCUUCUUUGUUGGCUUCAAGAAGCUAAGAAUUUCAAGAUUGUUGCACUUGGUAAUUUACCACUACAUAAAUCUACACUUUUGAUUCUCAAUAAGUUGUUUUCUCUUUGUUUGUGUAUGAUAUUCUAAAUCUUCGUUGACACAUAUAUUUAGUUUGAUCUCACUAUAAAUCAAUUUAGUUUUGUUGAUGAUUGUAGCAAAAUCUCUAGUUUGUAUGUAAUGUGCAUGUAUUUCAAUCA